AUCUGACAAAGCCAACAACAUGUCAACACAAGAGCUGCGACAAAGACGCAGCAACGACACGAGCGACGGCGACUCUGCCAGCGUGGAUGUCGCUCGGUUGGCCUUCUCUGCCGACGAGCUGGUUCGAAGGGCUGCCUGGGAUGCUGCGGCUGAUCGCAGGGAGGACACGGUGAAGCGCGCGUGGCGCCAAUUCGCAACCGAUCCGCGCGUCAUUGCAUUCAUUCUGUUUGCGAUUGUCGUGUAUCUCGUCAUGAGCGCACUGCGAGAUCCAUCAUUAUCAUCAUCGUCGUCUUAUGCAUCCGGCGCAGCACGAUCGGGCUCAGGACCGGAAGUCCAGCACUUUGCAAGGCAGCCAUAAAAAACGGACGAAUUGGCAUCAUCUCAUAGCAUGGAACAAAGCCAAACUACUGUACCCUGCUUGAGAAGUGUACAAUCAACGAUAUCGUGACUUGCUGUGUAGAAGAGAGAAAUUAAAAAUUGACAAAAAAAGCGCACUUCAUACUCGUUCACACCAGCAAUCGGCGCAUCAAAAAACAAA